UUUCGCCGGGAUUGGCCAUAUUCUGUCGUAUUGGCGAUAAAAAAAAACAGCUCAAAUUGAUGCGAUCACCACCUGCCAGUUGCAGUGGUGCUGUUGGGGUUGAUGGCGCGGUCGGUGGUUGUGGUAAGAGGUGGCCAUACAAAUAGUAUCGGGUCAAAGACAUCGCGAAGUGCAUCGCAUCGCGUCAUGGUGAUGUCGCAUUUGAUCAAAGCGGCGCCGUUUAGGGGUUUGUGCGGCUUCCAGUAUGCGAUAGGAAGGAAGGAACGGCCGUCCCACCCCAAUCAGCGAGCCGUCUGCUCAGGUAGCCACAAACUCCCGUCUCUCGGAAUUUUCCUGGCAACAACUGCCUACCGACGCGUUCUUCUACCCUAUCACAAACCAAAUUUCCAUUCAAACGCCAUCAGAAGUGCCAACAGCGUGAAGAUGUCCGACCAACCGAAGGGUCUGAAGUCGCGCCGCCUUCACAAUACGGCACGCAAGCAACAUCUAUCGGCGCAGAAGCCGGAGUCUCAGUCUGGUGACAGUGGCACGGGGCCGAGGCAGUUGGCAUCCUCUGCUUUUGACGACGAUACCCAUUCCGCGAGCCCACAAGACCCAGAAAUCCUACCUGAUGUGCCGAUCUAUGGUAUUGAGAGCGCCGAUGGUAUUGGCGACACUGAUUUCGAUGAUGACCAUCUGUUCCCCCAAUCAGAUACCGAUUCUGGUAACGAAGAAGCCAUCGUUGAUGUCGACGCGCUUCGAGCCGGCGGCAUUGAAAAUGCGACGUCACAUACUCUUCGACCCCAAUUCGAUAUGAGCGAUGUCCUUGGAGCUGGCGAAUACGAAGAGUGCAUUUGGGUCGGAGAGGCUCAGCCAACUGAAAAUCUUCCGUUCGAUGAUGAAGGAAUACUGCCCGAGGAAGAUGACCGAGAGUCCACCAGCCAACACGGUUCACCGAUGCGAUAUACCGACAUCGAAGACACAUCGGUAUUGGUUCCGAUGCGCCAGAACAAGUCGAUCGAGACAUCCAGCUUCGAGAAGGCUCUUGCGACCUUUGCCGAUUUGGUUGGUCUAAGCCGCCAAGAUUGGGCAUCCCUUCGGGAGGUGCUUUUCUUGAUCCGCGACAAAGAUGGCAGUGUCCCUUCAGUGAUACAGAGCCUCCCGAAACAGCUCUCGACACUCCGAGACCGUAUUCGCCGCCGGAUGCCGAUGAUGAAUAUGCGCGAGGCCGACAUCCCUCUAAACAUCUUGAAGCUACCGACAAUGCCAGCCAGUUUGAAGCUCGAGGAGCGUCGCAAGGUUGAAAUCGCACGGGCUCAGGCAGAAAGCAGAAGUGCAGCCCUCACUGCUACCAGAGCAGCGACCAGGAUCUCCCGCGAUAAAGGUAAGCACAGCACCGAAGCACGAAACGCGGUAGCAGCAGCAGAGAAGGCUAAGAGCCAGUUGGACAGCCUCCGACAAAAGCACGGUGAUAUCAGCCUCAAGGACCUUCCGAGGGUGACGAUGCGGCUAACGUUUUUCGACCCUAUCACCGUUUUUAAGAACAUCAUCGCAUCCGAUAUCCUAGGCAGGAUACAUACAGGCCCAGGCUUGUUCGUCGACAAACCUCGCGAGUUGUUUCAUUCGCACGCUUGGCUGUCCUCGGUCCGUAGCACAUCGGGCUUUUACGCACAUGUCAUCAUCGACGGCAUACAAGGACCGGCCAUCUUCCCUUCCGAUUGGGUAUACUUCCGAUGUACAUCAGAGAACUGCGUCUGGAAUUGCCGCGACAUCGGGGACGACUCUGACGACAUUGUCAAUCUACAUAUCGGCCGGGUCUAUGGUGUUGGGCUCGAUCACCGCGAAGAUCCAUGCACACAACUUCGAAACCAGAUGUGCCUACAGAUUCAGGAGGCAUACCGACUUGGCGACCACCGACUCGCAAACAUUGAAAUCACACCACCACAGACCGACCGGGAGUUGGUACUGUCAGCGAACCUGGUUUAUGUUCCGGAGACCAGUGUAUUUGGGCAUCUCCAUGUGUACAUUGACCACCACACUGGCGAGGAACACGAAGAUCCUGGCUGGAAGCCGCCCCGACGUACGAAAGGACCACCUCCGGAGCCUCUGCCCAAGUACGUCAGGCCGGUAUUCGCGAGGGUACGUAGGGAGGAUGAGUGGUACGAGUGUCGGCGCAUUCUGGUCAAGAAGGAAGUUCUCCCGCUCUGUCGGACGCAUUCAAUCCGUGCAGAGCUCGAACUCCAGCAUUUUGGUCGACAUGUAUUUGAGCGCGAGUGGGAUCAGGCCAAGAACGAUAUGCCCGUCGUCUCCCUUCCCCACCUCGAUUUCAUUGAUGGUUUCGGUGUGUUCCAAAAUUCGUACCGGACUUUGAUGGGGUUUUACUUCACGCCAGCAGGACUUGGUGAAGAGGAACGUCUUCGACCAGGCAGUAUUUUUCCGAUUGUACUUGGGCCUCAUGCAUCUGACUUCGGCGAUGUCAUAAAAGCGCUCAAGACGAUGGCGCAUCUCGACGCCGGUAUCGUCAUGACUAUCCGUGACGAAACCGUCCGUGUCUGCGCAUUUGCGAUGUGUUACAUUGGUGAUAUGCCUCAACAAGCCGAGAACUCCGGAUUCAAAGGCCCACGAGCACACAAGUUCUGCAGAUGCUGUUUCGCGGCCUCCGGCCAAUGCGCCGUCAAUCCCGAUGUCAUGCU